CCCCCCGUGUGCAAACCGCGUGACGCGUGCAGAAGGAAAGAGCCAGAAAAAAAAACCCUGAAAGUCGGUGACCGGAGGUUGAGGGGAAGGCGCAGUCCCGAGACAACCAAAUAUAGCUCAUCAUGAACAGCCAGGAGUGCUUUACUUGUGGACGUAGUGGACAUUGGGCACGUGAGUGUCCAAAUGCAGGUGGACGCAGUCGGAUUAGAGGUCGUGGCAGAGGAAGUUUCACUGCUGCAAGAGAUAUCUGUUAUCGUUGUGGUGAAUCAGGCCACCUUGCAAAGGAUUGUGAGCUCCAGGAAGAUGCUUGCUACAACUGUGGUAAGGGUGGCCAUAUUGCCAAAGAUUGCAAGGAGCCAAAGAAGGAGAGGGAGCAGUGCUGCUAUAACUGUGGCAGACCUGGACAUCUGGCCCGUGACUGUGAUCACGCUGAUGAGCAGAAAUGUUAUUCGUGUGGAGAGUUUGGGCACAUUCAGAAGGACUGCACUAAAGUCAAGUGCUAUAGGUGUGGUGAAACUGGUCACGUUGCCAUCAAUUGCAGCAAGGCAAGUGAAGUGAACUGCUACCGUUGUGGUGAAGCUGGACAUCUUGCACGGGAAUGCACGAUCGAGGCUACAGCUUAAAUUUUUCUUUGUCGCCCCUCCUUUUUUCUGAUUGAUGGUUGUAUAAUUUCCUCUGAAUCCUCUUCACUGGCCAACGAUUGGCAGAUAGAGGCUAGUCCCAGGCCAAGUGAGCUUUACUCAAAAUGUAAAAGGAGGAAAGGGGUGGAAAUUGACUUUCUGCAUUUAACUACAAAUGUUUAUGUUUAGUUUGGUAGAGGUGUUAUGUAUAAUGCUUUGUAAAAGAACCCCCUUUCCAUGCCACUGGUGUAUAGGGAUUAAUGAGUGGGAAGAGAUGAACCCGAUCAGUGACCCUUUGGGUUCUAGAAGUGAUUCUGUGGGAGGAAACCAAACCUGGAAGUGUCUGUGAAAACUCCCGUAUGUGAUUUCUUGAAAUGUUGGCUUUGAAUUGUUUGAUCUUGGGAGCAGUUCAUCACAAUAACCAACAUCUGUAUCGGGGCCCUAUGUCUCGUAAACAGCAAAGUGGGAGUAAACAAUGAGAAAGAGCAAGCCUGUUCACACUUGAAAAGUACAGCUUUUUAUAAAAAGCAUCAUAGGAGUAACCAACUUAACCGUAGCUGAAACCCGAGUUGGUGUCGGAGAUACAGAUGUUCAAGCAGAAGUUUGAAUAAAUUUUUGAAUGUAGUUUAGAGCUAUAAUACCCAUUAUGAAAUACCACAACAAACACAUAGCAUACAGGAUUGGAACUACACAGCAGUUGAAUGUGUUUUCACAGAAAUCAAGAUGUUAUUUUUGUAUAAUACAAUUAGACUACUGUAAAGAAUCAUUUGCUUGAAAUCAGUUUUUUUAAGACAGAAGGUAAAAGCAACUGAAGUCUUAGAACUAUAGAAAUGUAAUUUUAAACUAUCAAUAAAGCUGGAGGAGGAAGGGGAAA